GCUCAGACAGAGGAAGGGCGCUAUACCAGCCUCAGUUCUCUACCAUCUUCACGGGCGACGGGUACCCCGCGGUACCACGCAGUGCCCACUCACCGGUACUCGCACGUGCGUUUGUUCCGAGUCCGAUCGUAUUGAUUGUUUCCUUCUAGUGACAACCCGGAUUUUUCGGCCCAAGCCAUCGGUUCCGGGGCCAUUCAUCGUCGGACAAAAUGUUCACACGGUUUGAUCCGAACAAGUCGACAAAAGGAGCUAGCAAACUAAGAAGAGAUCUAAUAAACGCAGAGAUAGCAAAUCUACGUGAACUUCUGCCAUUACCUCCUUCCACUAGGCAAAGACUGUCACAACUGCAACUCAUGGCAUUGGUCUGUGUAUACGUCAGGAAAGCUAACUACUUUCAACAAGCUUUCAAAUGUCACGAUGUGGGAUUACACAAAACAUCAACACCUAACAUCGGUUUCUCAAAGGCACUAAGUGGUUUUUUGAUAAUGAUGACACAAAAUGGAAAACUACUGUACAUAUCAGAUAAUGCUGCAGAGUACCUGGGCCAUUCCAUGGUGAGUGUUCUACAGGAGGAUCUACUUAUUCAUGGAGAUAGUGUAUACGAUAUAAUAGACAAGCAAGAUCACCAAGCAAUCCAGUGUGAGUUAGGAAGACCAGUAAAUACAGGUUCAAAUAGUAACUUAAGUGACGAGGUUAGAUUAUUUCUUUGUAGAAUGAAUGUUUCGAGGAAUGCUAGAAGACAGAUGAGGUUUGGAGACCAAAAGGUGAUUUUAGUCCAAGGAAGGUACCUCUCCUUUUUACCACUAUGCAGUAGAAACGAACCUGUAUUCCUAGCAACCUGCACACCUGUAGCAAUGCCUGAAACUAGGGAAUGUGUUGUGCAAGGAGCUACGAAUGUCUUCACUUCCAUUCACUCGAUGGACAUGAGGUUCAUACACAUAGAUAACAACGGUGAAUUCUACCUGGGCUUCCCGCGCUCGGAACUGCAGGGGGUGUCCUGGUACCGAAUGCUACAUUGGGACAGUACCAGAGAAGCGCAGACUAAGCAUCGAUUAAUAACACAGUCGGAGCAAGAAAGAUCCUGCAUCCUGCUGGCCCAAUUCCAAAGACGUUCUGGGGAGUGGAUAUGGAUACACUGUGUGCUGCAAGUCAAAGAAAGUACAGAGAAUAAUCAACAGCCAGUCAUCGUUUGCACCAAUCAAGUUCUUAGCGAAUCGGAAGCAGCUGUUCUCAGGACAAACAGUUGGCUCUAUCACUACUACUCCGUCCAAAACAAGCUCCAAUACGGCCUCAACUACGACGCAGGUUCAUCAAGACUCUUCUACUACCCAGAGCACAGUCCCAUUCCUCAAUUCGCAUCAUCCCAUGAAACAACUGGAUACUCCCACUUAAGCACGAUGCCUCCAGCUUUGCAGCCCCAUGUAACACACCAUGCUGUGGCGACCCAUCCUCAACAUUCCCAUCACCAUCAUCACAGUAGGUGUACAGAAGCAGAACCUGUGGAUUACUCUUACAGCAAACGGAAGCCUAAGGAGCUUAGAAAUAUUGAGCUGGAGGUGGCUAACCAUGACACCACGGAGAGUGAAGGAAAUUCGGGCCUUCUGAUAGUCUCACAUCUAACAGAAAGACCUAGAACCCUCCUGAAGGUAGACCCCAGCGAUCAUAUGGAGCAAUGGAACCCGAGUCCACCCUGGUCGGACACCUUACAGAAAGUUCCUGACCUUUGCCACCAAGAGCUAAGCCCGUAUAUAGGCAGUACACCCCCGACACCAACUGCAACCCCUGGAGUUCAACCAGGAACCUUCUCUUUUGAUUGGAUACCGGAGCAGCAUGUUCCCUCCAUGUCAACAGCCUCAACUUGUGAGGAUGUUGAAAGACCCAUCCGAUGUCCUUCAGAACACCGGCUGUUUCCAUUGCAACCCCCUCCUAAGAGAAACCAUCCACCUGUAGAAAGGUCUGAGUCAGAUCGUGAUACUCCUUAGUACUGUGAUCAAACUUAGAUACGCUAAAUGCUUAGUGCAAUAUUGUGAAGUGUACCCUGAAAUUAGGCGAAAAGUCGUUUUUUAAGCAAAAUACAUUGAGCCGUAUUCGUAAAAGAGAAGCAUAUCCUCGGAAGCAUAAGGUAAAAGUAAAAGGUCUUGCUUCUGAGAAAAAGGUAGAAGUAUAAGCAUAUCCUUGUUUUCAUAUUCAUAAUGAUUACCUUAUGCUCGCGAGGAUAUCCUCCAGGAAGAAGUAAAAGGUUGACUGGUAUUUGUAUCUUGAGCGACGUGUCCUGACUUGUUCCAGCUUGUAGUUGACGUGGGAGUUCGUUCACUAAGCAUCACUGACGGUUGUACUCUAGAGCUUACACAGACCGUUCCGUAUUUUUACUGGAUACAGUUUUUUAUCAAAUUAAUAAGCAUGUCAUCAUCAAGUGAUCAGGAAACUAUAGAAAACAAUGACAACGACCAGCAGCGUUCAAUUAACUCUUUCUUGUUUUAAAAGCUCAUUAUAAUUUAUUUCUGCACCUGGAGUAGGAUUUCUGAAGGGAGUCAUAAUGCAUGGCUCAAUACCAUAACCGUCAGCGCCAAGUAGUACAACAUUUGCUUUAUUUAUUAGUUGUGAUCUAGUCUGUGAAUUUCUCCAUAUUCUGGAAUCAUGCACUGAUCCAGGCCAACUGACAUCAACACUUGUGAACAUCUCUCUGGCAUCACAAGUGGCUUGCACAUUUAAAGUAGUUUUCCCUUUUCGGUUGAUAUACUCAUCUCCAUGGCGAUUUGGUUUCAGGAUUCCUAUAUGUGUACAAUCAAUUACACCAAUUGCUGUCGGAAAUUUAUACAUGCUUUUCCCUAUAUGCUUGGCCUCCAUCAGUUCAUGGUUGGUAGUUGGAAACUUGGAUCAAGUGAAAGUAAACGAGGUUUGUACGUUUUAACAUCCCUAACAUCCACAAUUUCCGCCAUCAUCGUUUGACCACCUUUCGUUGAGUCUGCUACUGACCACACUCAGAAUUUUUGAAAGUUAUGCUUCCUAUGCCAAGUAUAAGGUGAAGAUUAUGAAUAUACUUUUACUUAUGUCACUGCUUUGAAGGAUAUGCUUAUACUCAAAAAGCAAAAGCAUUUACUUCAAAUUAUUAUAAAUACAAUCUGGAGGAUUUCCUUCAAAAUUUGCAACUACAAGGAUAUCCUUUGUUUUAUGAAUACGGCUCAUUGACAGUUAAACCAGUUUUCAUAUUCUACGUCAGGGCUCGAGGACGAACGUCUAGACUUAACGCGUGGUUAAACUCUUUUCUGAUAAUUUCAGUGUACUACAGGUUUAAGUCUAUUUAUAAAGAAAAAAUCGUCUAGUACAAUUUAUUUUAGAUACCUACGUACUAAAUUGACCAAUGACAUUGUGCAACUAACAAUAAAUUAAACCUUCGGUUCAAGCAUCCCAUAUACUAUCGGGAUAUGGAAAAAAGAAAAUGAGUUUUCCCAAUAUGGUUUCAACAAGGCAUCAGGUAUCUUAAGGUAUUAUUAGUUGAGAAGUAGGUUUUCUAUUCAUACGGAAUGUGAGAAAUUGACGAACAUUUCAAUAGUAUGUUUCCAUUUUGUGAAACAUUUUGUGCCACAACAGCUACAGUAUUCAUAUAUUAUUUUUAUAUUGUUAUAUUUGUUUUUAAUGCCUUAAGUAUUUAUAUAUAAUAUUCUCAAAAGAAGUAUAUGCUCCAAAAAGAGUAUAAUUCACAUCUCUAUCCCUUCAGUGAUUUGAUUCAAGGAGUUUUUCUUGCAGGUGUUGCUGCUGAAGUCGAAACAUUCGUUUAUUAUUCAACACCUGAAACUUAACCUGUAGUUUUCGUGCUGAUGGAUAUCCAUAUUUUCUUGCCGUAGAAUGAAAUCAAAUAUGUAGGAUUAAUCGUUUACUAACGUUUCGGCCAUCUCGGUAGCCUUUUCAAAGCGCCAAGAUCACGUCAAUUUUAAAAUAAAACAGAAUCUGAGGUAGGCAGAGAGACAACAAAUCUGUGAGGGCUCUCGCUCUCGAAGUCGCUGGGCGUUCGUGGAGAUGAGCGGCGUUGAUGUGUCCAGUACAUCCAAAACAACUGAGAACCUCUUGUUUAUUUCGAGAGGCUGGGUGUCUUUGGUAGCGGGAAUACAUUAUAACACAGCAAUCUUACAUGCAAAAAAACAGAUAAAGCCUGGAAUAUAAUUAAACGGAAUAGAAACAUACCUAGGCAAGAAAUAAUAACGAAAUCAAAAGAUGCCGCCGGUAAAUUUGAAUAAUGUUUCAGGUUUAUACAGGGUAAUCAUUUGAAGACUUCCCAGCAAGGAUUUAUCGGAAACCACGGAUUAAAAGAAAAAACGCCGAGAUACGUCAUAAGAUUUGUCAAGGGGGAUAACUUUUUAACCAAAAACUACUUCAGCCCUUUUCACCCUCGGCCCCCCAGAGUCAUUCAAUUUUGAAUAACAAGGGGUUUCGAGUAUUAGCUUUUUUGAAAGGUCUUUUGAACUUCUUCAUUCUGACGUUUGAUUUAUUAAAAUCAGUCAAUUCGUUUUCGAGAAAAUUAGAAAAAUUUAUAUUUAUCAUAAUUUGUUCAGAUAGAAAACAAAAACACACGAAAAUAUCACGUUCACGAGUUCAAGAUGUUGCCCGUUAAGGUUUGACAAAACUUGUUUAUAAUUUAAAAUGGAAUCUACCAACAUAGACAGCAAUUCGGAAGAUCAGACAUGGCAACAACCAAAUAACAAUCCGAAUUUUAAACACUUAUUGAAAUAAAAAGUGGUAUUUUCGUGUGUUUUUGUUUUCUAUCUAUUUAGUUUUCACAUGAACACCCUGUAUAAAGAUGUGACUGUGAGGAAUAGUACUAUCAAUAUAGUUAGGAAAGCUGCUGAAGUAAAUGAUAUGGUAACUAUAACAAAAAAUAAUAGGCAGAUAAAAUUAGUACUAAUAUGCUAAUAUUGUCAUCUAACCUAACUUUUUUAAUCAACUGCUCUAUUGAAGAGGAAGUUUAUCCAAGCUCCAAAUUACAAAAAUCAGGCUCCUAUUUAAAUGGUGAUAAGUUUGAUAUAUGCAAUUUUAACCCAAUCUUACUUCUUAGUCUUUUCUCGAACGUAUUUGAGAAAUAUGUCUAACCAACAUAACAGAUUCUUUGACAGAUUCAAUUUUUUCUAUAGCGGAUCAUUUGGAUGAUAUACUUCACUGUUCUUAGGUGAUUUAUAUUUCAAGAUGGACAAAUGUGAAAAGUGUAAUGGAAUAUUUAUAAAAAUAUUAUCAUUACGCUACCGAGGAGGUCAAAAAGUUAUCCUACAUAUGUGGUUUCAUUCAACGCCCAAAAAACAAUUCUUAUUUAAUUCAGUUAGUACGCCAAAAGUACCGGGGCUCAUGCCUAUAUUAUGAAAUGAACGCAGAAAGAAUGCCUGGUUGGCGAAUUCUUUUGGAUUACUUCUCGCAUUGUGAACUAAGAAUAGUUCUGGCAAUAUCUUCGCAUCCGAUGGGCAAAAUAUUGUGUUUCGGAUUUUUUGCA